AUGCGCUCCAACACUGUCGCCGCUCUCCUCUCCCUGGCUACCGUCGGGGCUGCUGUCACUCUGAGUGCAGCCGAUUUCCCCGGCGCUUGCUCGGCACAGUGCAACGACGCCGUCAGUCUGUCGACCAAGUGCGCCGACCAGACCGAUAGCCCCGCCGAAGAGCGUCAAUGUAUCUGUGGCGCCGGUGCCCGAAAUGAGCUGAUGUACUGCGCUGCAUGCUCUAUCUCCAACGGCCAGAACGAGCCUGACGGCAGUCUUGGAGAGAUCCUAACAUCGUGUGGCUGGAACUAUGCUGACGCUGCCAAGAGUGGUGCAUCCUCCGUGGCCAGCGAGGCUACCUCAGCCGCUGGGGGCGUUGUCACAACCAUCACAUCGGGAGGAAGCGCAAUCGUGUCGACAAUCACUGCCGGCGUUGGUGGUGUAGUCACAACUUUGACCUCGGAUGGAAGCGAGAUCCUCUCAACCAUCACCUCGGGAGCUGGCGCAGUAGUCUCAACCAUCACAUCUGACGGUAGUGUGAUCCUCUCUACCAUCACUGCCGGUGCCGGUGCCGUCGUCUCCACCAUCACAUCCGAUGGCAGCGAGAUCUUGUCAACCAUCACUUCGGGCGCUGGUGGUGUGGCUUCCACAAUUACUUCUGGUGCAGCUGGCGUUGUUACUACCAUCACUUCUGACGGCAGCGAGAUUCUGUCCACUAUCACCUCUGGUGCUGGCGGUGUUGUUUCUACCAUCACUUCUGACGGCAGCGAGAUUCUUUCCACUAUCACCUCUGGUGCUGGUGGUGUUGUGUCUACGAUCACGUCGGGCGGCAGCGCAUUCUUGUCAACCAUCACUUCAGGCGCCGGUGGAGUUGCAUCCACUCUCUCCACUGGUGUUAGUGGAGUUGUCUCCAGUGCUACAAAUGCCGCUGGAAGUGCUGCCCCAUCAAGUGGCAAUGCAGGUGCCGCCGCGGCGACGCCUGUGAUCGGUGGUCUCUUGGCCGGAUUUUUGGGUGCUGUUGCAUUGUUGUAA